CAGCAACGAGGGUGAAGCGCUGGCGAACCGCUCCCGUGUGGAGUGAUCCCAGCAGGCUUAUAAAGUGAUGGGAGAACCCACGAAAGGCAGCCGCUGCCGGCCGCGGGAGUGCCUGCGGCGCCCGUCCGGUCCGGCGGGCCUCCUGAUUGCCUGGACUUCAUUCUCUGGAACCCCGAUGACCUGCGUUAUGUCCCGCGGCCGGGCCCCGUGACUUUUACGGGGCAAUGGGGUCUCCUCUCUAUAAAGGCGCGCGAACUGAUGGGGUUUAUCUGACCUGGGCACCACCCCUGUCUCCUUUGCCCUCGGCGCGGUAGCAGCCAUGGCCGUUCUCGCUCUGCAUGCGCCAUGGAUCGUUCUUCUCAUGAUCGGUACAUGUUAUGGCAUGAUCAUCUAUGGCGAAGUCGGCUGGCAAGAUCUUGGACCUGGUCUCGGACCUAGAACUACCAGCGCCAGCACGAUCUCGGAGCCUCCUCAUGACUCAUACAACAUCGCUACGCCUUCGGCGGUCAACAUGAGUACGGGGCCCACGCCGAGUAUGAUUAUCUGUCCUCCUGCAAUCGGGGAAAGCCGCCAUGAGCAAUGGACAUCCUGUCCUCGAACCCUGUCGGGUGUUGGAAUCUCCACAACCGCAUCGCUGCGGAACUUGUCCAGCCCAACCUUCUUUGGAAACAAAACAAGACCGGUCAUGACGAGGACUAGCACAACCAAAACCACCACUGUAUCCAUCCAAAGGGCUCCUCAGACGUCUUCAGGGGCGCCGGGCUUGACCACGUUUGCAGCACCGAGCAGCAGCGGCAUAUCGCAUCCGAUCCAGUCAGCAAGUGUUGGCCGCCCAGGAAAUAAUUCAUUGCCUUCGCCUAGCACUCAAUAUACUCCAGCGGCAUCCAGUUCUGCAGAAAGC